GGCCCCCUCACUCUCCCCCACCACCGGAAACCACCUUCCUCCCUUGCUUCUUCCCUUCUCUUCUCCGCUUUCAUUUUUCCUCAUAUAAUCCCCUUUCUCUUGUCUUUUUCUCUUUUGUCCCCCCAGAAGUUUUACCUUUUAUGGCUCCGUACCGUACUAAGCUUUCAUGAUUGCACCUAGAAAUUCGAUUUGGUAAGUUCGGGCUGAUGCUUAUUGAGAUAUACGGAGCUUUUUGAACAAUCCAGAGCUGCUUUCAUGGCGACGGAGAGUCGACGUUAUGGCCUUAAUGCUCAAUUAGAUAUUGAUCAGAUACUCUUAGAAGCGCAACACAGAUGGCUUCGCCCAGCUGAAAUUUGUGAAAUACUUAAAAAUUACCAGAAGUUUCAGAUUGCUCCUGAGCCUCCAAACACGCCACCAAAUGGUUCACUGUUUCUUUUUGACCGGAAGGUGUUACGUUAUUUUCGAAAAGAUGGGCACAAGUGGCGGAAGAAAAAGGAUGGGAAGACUGUUAAGGAGGCUCAUGAAAGGCUGAAGGCUGGAAGCAUUGAUGUGCUGCAUUGUUAUUAUGCUCAUGGAGAAGAGAAUGAAAAUUUUCAAAGGCGUAGCUACUGGAUGCUUGAAGAGGAGAUGUCACACAUUGUUCUGGUUCAUUACCGGGAAGUAAAGGGCAACAGGGUAAAUUUUAACCAUGUCAAAGAAUCUCAAAUAGCAAUUCCUGGUUACCAGGAAAGUGAAGAUACAACUAGCCUGAACAGUGCCGUGGCCUCAGAAUAUGAAGAUGCUGAAUCAGUAUACAUUCAGCAAAAGAAUCCUGUAGCCCACUCUUUUCUUGAAGUUCAGUCAAGUAUGAUGCAGAAGGCACAAGAUAAACUCUCUGUUUCAUUAUAUCCAGGCCCUCUUGCAAAUGAUCAUCAAGGACAGUUUUCAGCUAUUUCUGGCAUAAACUUUCCCUCAAUUGUGCAAGGUAACCAAAACAGAAAUACUGCAAAUAUAUAUGUGCCUUGCCAAGGACAUGGUUUCACUUCAUGGAAGAACAUUGAGGAAACCAGUACUGCUAGAUAUCAACCUGCACUUUCCUCAAUGAACUCUGAUACAAUCAGUGCAGUGCAAGGUCAAGAAGAUACUACUAUUGGUUUUACAAAUAACCUUGGUAAUAAACAGAAGCUCAUGAACUGUGUCUAUGCCCUUGAAGAAUGGCAGACAUCUGAAGGCGAUUCCUUGCAAUCAUCAAAAUGGUCUGUGGAUCAAAAGUUGAAUCCAGAUCAAGCAUGUGAUUUUAGCACCAAGCAGAAACCGAUGGAAUUUUGUGAUUUUCCUACUAAGCAUAAGCAUCCUAUGCAAAAUGAUCAACAGGUGCAGCUUACUGAUGCAGAUGGUGGGAACUUUGCCAAAACCAAGUUAGAUAGUGAUCUCAACAUGAGGAUUAACACUGAUCAUUCAGCUCUAAAGCAACCUUUGUUAAAUGGCUUUCUAAGACAAGAGCUGAAGAAACUUGACAGCUUUGAUCGUUGGGUAAAUAAGGAACUUGAAGAUGUAAAUGAGCCACACAUGCAAACCAGUUCUGGAAACUAUUGGGAUAAUGUUGGGAAUGAAGAUGGAGUUGAUGAAUCCACUAUUGCUUCCCAAGUACAGCAGGACACCUAUGUGCUUAGCCCCUCCCUUUCCCAAGACCAGUUCUUUAGCAUUACUGAAUUCUCACCAAACUGGGCAUAUGCUGGCACAGAGAUCAAGAUUCGAAUUACUGGGAGAUUCUUAAAGUCUCAGCAAGAAGUGGACAAGUGUAAUUGGGCAUGCAUGUUUGGUGAGCUGGAGGUUCCAGCUGAGGUUAUAUCAGAUGGGGUGCUUCGUUGCCUUACACCUAUGCAGAAGGUAGGGAGAGUUCCCUUCUAUGUCACAUGCUCCAAUAGGUUAGCAUGUAGUGAAGUGAGAGAAUUUGAAUUCCGGGUUAACGAGAUUGAAAGUGCAAAUAGUGGAAGCUCUAAAGAAAGUCUUCUUAAUAUGAGGUUUGGGAAUUUAUUGUCUUUGGAAUCUGUCAGUUUCGAGAACUCUGUCCCAGGCAACAUGGAUUAUGUGUCUCACCUUACCAGUACAAUCAAUUCAUUGCUGAAAGAGGACAACAGUGAAUGGGAACAUAUGUUUCCCCAUACUUCUGAGGACCAGCUGCACCAAAAGUUUCUAAAGGAGAAAUUGCGCCUUUGGCUCCUUCAAAAGGUUGUGGAAGGUGGGAAAGGCCCUAAUGUACUGGAUGAGAGUGGUCAAGGGGUUCUGCAUUUUGCAGCUGCUCUUGAUUAUGACUGGGCUAUACCGCCAACUUUAGUUGCAGGAGUAAAUGUUAACUUCCGAGAUGUAAAUGGAUGGACCGCCCUUCAUUGGGCAGCAUUCUGUGGGAGAGAGCGGAUGGUAGUUUUCCUCAUCGCUUUAGGUGCAGCUCCAGGAGCGUUGACAGAUCCCACUCCUCAACAUCCUUCAGGUAGAACACCUGCUGACUUAGCAUCAAGCAAUGGGCACAAAGGAAUUGCUGGCUAUCUAGCAGAAGCAUCCUUAAGUACCCACCUUUCAUCCCUUGAGUUGAAGGAAAAUAAAGAGGAUAAAAAUGGAGAUGCCUCUGGGGUAAAAGCUAUCCAUGGGGUUUCUGAACGGGCUGCUACUCCUGUUAAUGAUGGUGAUUUGCCUUAUGGACUGUCAUUAAAGGACUCACUAGCUGCUGUCCGAAAUGCAACCCAAGCAGCUGCUCGCAUUCAUCAAGUUUUCAGAGUCCAAUCAUUCCAGAGGAAGCAGAUAAAAGAAUAUGGUGAUGGUGAAGUUGGACUGUCAGAUGAGCGUGCCCUUUCACUUCUUGCUGUGAGGAAGAACAGAGCAGGACAAAAUAAUGAACCUUUGCAUGUUGCUGCAAUGCGCAUACAAAACAAAUUUCGCAGCUGGAAGGGACGAAAAGAUUUUCUUCUAAUUCGACAGCAAAUUAUUAAAAUUCAGGCACAUGUAAGAGGACACCAGGUGAGGAAGAACUAUAGAAAGAUAACCUGGUCAGUUGGAAUCCUGGAGAAGGUAAUUUUGCGAUGGAGACGAAAAGGAAGUGGCUUGCGUGGGUUUAAGUCAGAAGCACUUGCUGCUGAAGGGCACAACAUGCAAGAUCAACCUAAGCAAGAGGAUGACUAUGAUUUUCUUAAAGAAGGGAGAAAACAAACCGAGGAGAGGCUGCAGAAGGCUCUUGCCAGGGUACAAUCCAUGGUUCAAUAUCCCGAGGCUAGAGAUCAAUACCGAAGACUGCUAAAUGUUGUCUCUGAGAUGCAGGAAACUAAGAAUAAAUAUGACAAGGUCUUGAAACGUUCAGGCCGCACAUAUGAUUUUGAUGAAGACCUGAUGGAACUGGAAGCUUUCUUGAAUGAUGACACAUUCAUGCCCACAGCAUCUUGAAUCAUGUGCUAUUAAAAACUUAUAUUAAGUCUGGUUUUGUGCAUAACUUAAUUAACUAGUGAGGGCUUAUACAUAGGUUACCUGACAAACGCGUAGAUGUGCUCUGACUAGGUAUAUUAAUUUGGCUGGGAUUGAUAUUUUACAGUCAUUGCAAUGUAUCAUGUAUGGGACAUUUUCUAGAUUUACUUUAUCAACUAGGCUAAUGAAACUGUACUACCAAAUCCAUGUAUUUAUGAAUUAGCCAAUGUACAAAAAAUAAUGUAUUCAUUUUGCAUGCUUAAAUAGGUGAAUUAAUACAUUUUAUGUAUUCAAAAA